UACACGCACAUUUUGUGUGUAGUAACUACGAAACUAAAUCUAAAAGCCAAUUUCCUCUGGCUGCACUGCAGUGGUACCGCCAGUUCUAUUUAAGGCUUGGAUCAAAGAUCCUGUUGCCACUUCCACCCCACCCCGUGAUUAAUUUACCCCUGGUCACCACCGGGAUCUUUGUGCCACUUGGUAUCUCGAUGCCAGAUCAUUGGUGCUGUGGUCCCCAAACACGUCCGGGUAACAAAAUAUUUUUUCUGAUAUUUUUAAGGCAGAUUUUAUUUAGAGGCGGCGCUUACAGAGUACAGCGUCGUACAGCGACACUUUUUCUACCCCAGUAAGAGUGUUUGGCCAAGAACACAGUUGGAGCUGGGGGGUCGAGUGGAUUUGGGGGGUGAUUGCUGCUUUUUUUGCUGGGUUUCUUCUCUUUUUAUUUCUUCCUUUUUAUUAUUUUUUUUCCUGCUGGAUUUUCCAAUUUGGUUACCAUUUCAGAAUUUUCUUUUGGAUCAUGAACAAACUAUACAUCGGGAACCUGAGCCCUUCAGUGACUGCCGAGGACCUGAAGACGCUCUUCGGGGAGAGGAAGCUCCCUCUAGCCGGUCAGGUCCUGCUCAAGUCCGGUUAUGCUUUUGUGGAUUUCCCCGACCAAAACUGGGCCAUUAAAGCAAUUGAGUCUUUAUCUGGCAAAGUCGAAUUACACGGAAAGGUGAUUGAGGUAGACUACUCUGUCCCGAAGAAGCUAAGGAGUCGAAAGAUUCAGAUCCGGAACAUUCCCCCUCACCUGCAGUGGGAGGUUUUGGAUGGCCUUUUAGCGGAGUAUGGCACAGUGGAAAAUGUGGAACAAGUAAACACAGACACAGAAACAGCGGUAGUGAAUGUCACAUAUGCAACCAAGGAUCAAGCAAAGGUGGCGAUUGAGAAGCUGACAGGACACCAGUUUGAAGAGUACUCCUUCCGAGUGUCCUACAUCCUGGAUGUGGACGCUGCCCCACCGUCCCCGGCCCCGCACUCUCGCCGAGGUGGACGGCAGUCACGUGACCAGGGCGCCCCCCAGCCCAGCUUCUCUGGGAGCCCCUCCGCCUCUCGUUACAAGCAGCAUGACUUCCCGCUGCGCAUGCUCGUCCCCACACAGUUCGUGGGAGCCAUCAUUGGCAAAGAGGGGCUCACAAUCAAGAAUGUCACCAAGCAGACCCAGUCCAAGGUGGAUAUCCAUCGGAAGGAGAAUGCAGGAGCGGCAGAGAAACCCAUCUCCAUCCACUCCACUGCUGAGGGCUGCUCCUCCGCCUGCUGCAUGAUACUGGAGAUCAUGCAGAAAGAGGCCGACGAGACCAAGGCAGCUGACGAGAUUCCACUUAAAAUCCUCGCUCACAACAGUUUAGUCGGGAGGCUGAUUGGUAAGGAGGGCAGAAACCUCAAGAAAAUUGAACAAGAUACUGGGACCAAGAUAACUAUCUCUUCUUUACAAGACUUAACCAUUUAUAAUCCUGAGAGGACCAUUACUGUGAAAGGGAGUAUUGAGGCCUGCUGCAAGGCUGAAGUAGAAAUAAUGAAGAAAUUGAGAGAAGGCUAUGAAAACGACAUUGCUGCUAUUAAUCAACAAACCAACUUGAUCCCAGGGUUGAAUAUGAACGCCCUUGGUAUCUUCUCGACAGGACUGUCGGUACUUCCGUCUGCGUCUGGACCCCGCGGAGCAGCCACCGCCACCGCUACUGGCUACAGCCCCUUCCUAAGUCACUCAUCGUAUCUGAGUGGUCUGUACGGGAUCCCUCCAGCCAACGCUGUUACCCACCAGCACUCACAGGCUCCAGAACAGGAAGUGGUCUAUCUGUUUAUUCCAACCCAGGCAGUUGGAGCCCUCAUUGGGAAGAAAGGACAGCACAUCAAACAGCUGGCCAGGUUCGCCGGGGCUUCCAUCAAGAUUGCCCCAGCGGAAGGGCCUGAAGCCAGCGAGAGAAUGGUCAUCAUCACAGGGCCCCCGGAGGCACAGUUCAAGGCUCAAGGCCGAAUAUUUGGGAAGCUGAAGGAGGAGAAUUUCUUCAGUCCAAAAGAGGAGGUGAAGCUGGAGACCCACAUCAAGAUGCCCUCGUCUGCAGCGGGGAGAGUGAUCGGCAAGGGAGGCAAAACGGUGAAUGAGCUGCAGAACCUCACCAGCGCUGAGGUGAUUGUGCCGAGGGACCAAACUCCAGAUGAAAACGAUGAAGUCUUUGUUAAGAUCAUUGGGCAUUUCUUUGCCAGCCAGACUGCACAGCGGAAGAUCAGGGAGAUUGUACAGCAGGUCAAACAGCAGGAACAAAAACACCAACAGGGAACUCCCACGGCGCACCACUCCAAGUGAACCACCAGGGCGGCGCCUGUGAGCAACAGCCAAUGAAUGUAGCCCUUCCAACAGAGGAGACAGACAGACAAGACCAGCAGAAUGGGGAGUAAAACCAAAGAACCUUACUGGGGAAAUGUUGUGUCAGCCAACAGGCUGGAGCUGUGCAUGUACUGCCAGUGCAGAGGGGCAGAGGAUUGUGUUUAAAAAUAAUUAAAAAAAAGAAGAAAGAAAGAAAAUCUUGCUGAGAGGGCAUCUGCAGUUUUACCAGUUUAAACAAAACAAAAGCAAGAAUUCUGUCACUCUAUUUAACGAUAUCCCUUUAGUUGGACUAACAUAGGCCUAACCUAAACAAACAGAAGCCGUAUUAACAAAUUUGUACAUUUUACAAUAAAAAAAGGGGUUUGAUGUUCAGAUUGCAACAUUUCUAAGUGUCCUUUAGCCCUAGCAGUAUUAAUAUAUAUUUUAGAAAUAAUAUAUAAAAGAAUAACAAAGGUUAUUUUUUUUUUCCUAGACGAAAUAGGCUUUCUAGAGAUGAGAAAGAUAGUAUCAAUUGAGAGUUCAUUCGGCAGUUUGAACAUAUCUUUUUCUUGGAAUUUGGAGUUCACAGUUUUAACACAAAAAUAAGGAGCAAGACUCUACUGUAGGAACCACAGCAGAAUAUUAGGAUGACUCUUUGUUUCUUAGCCUGUGUGUGUGCCAACAGAAGGGGUAGCGUCCCUUUCAGACGGUUUCUGUCUAUUACUAGCUCACUGUCUUUCAUUUCUCUCUUUGCUUCACGGUCCUGAACUGGCUUUUGCAUACUGUAAUGUUUUCUUUCCAGCUGAGCAGCAGCAAGCAGCAUCCUGUUGUUUGACUUCCGCUUCUAGAUUGGGUCACAAAAGCAAAUCCAAUGGUACCUAACCUAAAACACUGUCUGGAGGAAGAAGUUUGAAAGCAGUGUCUGAAAUGUCUAUUGAGGAGAGAGAGAAAGAUCCGUAAGAAACUAAAAUUAACUAUAGUAACAUUGGGCAGUUUUUAAUCCAACCAAUGCUGAUUUACACUAAGUGGCUUUGAAUUGCAGGGAGAUUUCUAUAAAGGCCUGAUGACCAUGAAUGUAGAAUAUUCAGCCUUUUCCAUCUCCAGCAUUUUCUGAACAAAUCCUGAGCAGUUCUUAGCCUGGGCAUGAUGACUGAAUGGACUGUGCUUUAGUAUCAGCACUAUAACGUGUUGCCUUAAAUGCCACUUAUUGGAAACCAUUUCUCUCUCUCCAGAAGCUGUCAGUUUAGCUAGAGCUUCCAAACGUUUUAAGGUAUACACACAAUAUAUAUAUAUAUAUUAUAUAUAUAUAUAUAUAAUAGAUAUA